UCGCCGGUGAGCAUCGUCACCACUCCAGCACCGAGCCUCGUCUGGCCGAACACUGCGCCGUGCACUCGUCGGGAUUGCACAACAUUCCUGAGAAAUAUACCUGCUAUUUAUGGCAUGUGGCUGGUAACUUUAUUCCUGCUGUAUUCUUUACAAGAAGUGAACAGUGAGGAUGUGGUCUCGACGCGGCUGUACUUUGUAAACGCCUCCCUGCAGCGGGUGACCUUCUCCAGCUCGGUCGGGGUGUCCCUGCCCUGCCCUGCGGGCGGCGCACCCCAUGCCGUCCUGCGCUGGUACCUGGCCACCGGCGACGACAUCUACGACGUGCCCCACAUCCGCCACGUGCACGCCAACGGCACCCUCCAGCUCUACCCUUUCUCGCCCUCCGCCUUCAACAGCUACAUCCAUGACAACGACUACUUCUGCACCGCAGAGAACCAGGCCGGCAAGAUCCGCAGCCCCAGCAUCCGCAUCAAAGCAGUGUUCAGGGAGCCCUAUACGGUGCGGGUGGCAGACCAGCGGUCCAUGCGGGGCAACGUGGCCGUGUUCAAGUGCCUCAUCCCCUCGGCCGUGCAGGAGUACGUCAGCGUGGUGUCCUGGGAGAAAGACACCGUCUCCAUGGUGCCAGGGAACCGUUUCUUCCUGACGUCGUUCGGGGCCCUGUACAUAUCAGAGGUCCAGAAGGAAGAUGCCCUGUCCACCUACCGCUGCAUCACCAAGCACAAAUACAGUGGCGAAACUCGCCAGAGCAAUGGAGCCAGGCUCUCUGUUAUGGACCCUACGGAGUCCACCCCCUCAGUGUUGGACAGUUUCCAGUCCGGGGAGGUCCAGGUGGGGCGUAAUGUGGAGCUGCCCUGCAUCGCCUCGGGGUAUCCCAACCCCACCAUCCGCUGGCUGAAGGACGGACGCCCGUUGCCCGCCGACUCCCGCUGGACGCGCCGUCUCACGGGCCUGACGGUCAGCGACCUGCGUCUGGGCGACAGCGGCAACUACAUCUGCGAGGUCACCAACAGCUUCGGCUCUAAAGAGGUGACCGGUCAUCUCAACGUCAUCGAGCCGUUGAGAGUGACUCUAUCUCCUAAGAACCUGAAGACGGGCAUCAGCAGCACGGUGAUCCUGUCGUGUGCCGUGCAGGGUUCUCCCCACUUCACCCUGUCCUGGUACCGCAACACAGAAAACACCGUCCUCUCCGACCAGCACUUCUCCAUCCAGGGGGCCCACAACGAGACCCUGUUCAUCUCCGCUGCCCAGAAGAGACAUUCGGGAGCCUACCAGUGCUUCGCCACCCGCAAGGGCCAGACCGCACAGGACUUCUCCAUCAUACUGCUGGAGGAUGGUACGCCCCGUAUCGUGUCCUCCUUCAGUGAGCGAGUGGUGGUCCCGGGGGAACCCUUCUCCCUCAUGUGCGCUGCCAAAGGUGCCCCUCCCCCACCAUCACCUGGACUCUGGAUGAUUGAGGCUGUGGCCAGGGAUCCGUCUCGGGUGAGGGCCAGCCAGUACACGCUGUCGGACGGCUCCACCGUGUCCCACGUCAACGUCAGCAGCCCGGAGAUCCGCGGAGGGGUGUAUCGCUGCGCCGCACGCAACUCGGCCGGUAGCGCCGAGUACCAAGCGCGCAUAAACGUAAGAGGUGCCUGAUCAGGGAUAAUGGCGGUAACAGUGCAGGCGGUGGGUGGGAGCGAAACAGCCUUUAUAAACUGCCGUGUGAUUGGCUAUCCCUACUACUCAAUCAAGUGGUACAAGGAGGGACUUCUGCUGCCCGACAACCAUCGUCAGGUGGUGUAUGAGAACGGUACUCUGAAGCUCAGUGACGUCCAGAAGGUCUUGGACGAGGGGGCGUACCUCUGCAGCGUGCUCAUCCAACCACAGAUCUUCAUCAGUCAGACCGUCUACGUCCAAGUCAAAGUGCCCCCUCUGAUCCAACCCUUUGACUUCCCCCCCACCUCCAUUGGGAAGCUCAUGUACAUCGCCUGCGUGGUGUCGUCUGGCGACAUGCCCAUCCACAUCACCUGGCGUAAGGACGGCCAGGAGAUCGUGCCCUCGUCGGGCGUCAACAUCGAGACCAAGGAGUACAUGAGCUCGCUGCAGAUCGGCAAGGUGUCGCUCAAGCACAACGGCAACUACACCUGCAUCGCUAGCAACGACGCCGCCACCGUCAGCUCUGAGAGGCAGCUCACUGUCACAGUGCCUCCUCAGUUUGUGGUCCAGCCCAAUAACCAGGAUGGGAUCUACGGCAAGGCGGGGGUCCUCAACUGCUCCGUGGACGGAUACCCCCCUCCCAAAGUCAUGUGGAAGCACGCCAAAGGUACAGGGAACCCCCAGCAGUACCACCCAGUGCCUCUGACCGGUCGGAUCCAGAUCAUGGGGAACGGCUCCCUGCUGAUUCGUCACGUCCUGGAGGAGGACCGGGGCUACUACCUCUGUCAGGCCUCCAACGGGGUGGGCUCCGACAUCAGCAAGAGCAUGGUCCUGACCGUCAAGAUCCCAGCAAUGAUCACGUCACACCCUAACACCACCAUGGCCAUUAAGGGACAGAUUAAGGAGCUGAACUGCACAGCGAGGGGGGAAUGGCCUAUCAUCAUCCGUUGGGAGCGUGGUGACACGGUCAUCGACCCCGACCGUAACCCUCGCUACGCCAUCACCACCAGCCCCAAUGAGAAGAGUGAUGAAGUAUUGUCUACGCUGAAGCUGAAGCCAGCAGAACGUGGUGACUCGGUCUUCUUCUCCUGCCAUGCCAUCAACUCAUAUGGAGAGGGACGGGGACUCAUCCAGCUCACUGUGCAAGGUCAGUGGCCCCCAGACCCUCCAGAGUUGGAGGUGAGGGAGGUGAAGGAUCGGAGUAUGAACCUGCGCUGGACCCAGAGAUUUGACGGCAACAGCAUCAUCACCAGCUACGACAUUGAGUACAAGAACAAGACCGAUCCAUGGGAGUUGAAGCGCACCCGUAAGAUCUCUCCCACCAAUAACCAGGCCAACAUCGUGGAUCUGCACCCUGCCCAAGUCUACAGCAUCCGCAUGUUCUCCUACAACAAGAUCGGACACAGUCAAGCCAGCAAGGAGCUCACCAUCAGCACAGAGGAAGCACAGCCCGAUGGUCCUCCUAUGGAGGUUUUCCUCCGGCCUAUGACCUCACAGAGCAUCCGCGUCACCUGGAAGGCCCCCAGGCAGGAGCUUCAGAACGGGGUGAUCCGGGGUUACCAGAUUGGUUACCGUGAGAACGGGCCUGGCAGUAACGGCCAGUACAGUAUCGUGGAGAUGAAGGCUACAGGGGACAGUGAGGUGUACACCCUGGACAACCUGAAGAAGUUUGCCCAGUAUGGGGUGGUGGUCCAGGCCUUCAACAGGGCCGGCACAGGCCCGUCCAGCUCUGAGAUCAACGCUACCACACUGGAAGAUGUGCCCAGCCAGCCGCCCCAGACUGUGCGGGCCAUCUCGGUGACAUCCGACGAGGCAGUAAUCACCUGGGCGGAGCCCCCGCGUCUGACACUGCACGGCGUGCUGAAGGGUUACCGUGUGGUCUUCUGGUCCCUCUUCCCCGACGGAGAAUGGGGCGAGAUGCAGAACAUCACGACAACUCGUGAGCAGGUGGAGCUGAGAGGGCUGGAGAAGUUCACUAACUACAGUGUGCAGGUGCUGGCCUACACGCAGGCUGGGGACGGGGUCAGGAGCAAUGUGCUGUACAUCCAGACCCGCGAGGACCUUUUGUCCACCAGCAGUGUGGUGGUUUCCUGGCUACCCCCGCACAAGCCCAAUGGAAUCAUCCGCAAGUACACCAUCUACUGCUCUAGCCCCGGAUCAGGCCAACCGGCCCCCAGUGAGUACGAGGCCAACCCCGAGCUGCUGUUCUACCGGGUCACCCACCUGAACCGGGGACAGCAAUACCUCAUCUGGGCCGCCGCCGUCACCACCGCCGGACGGGGGAACAUCAGCGACAAGGUCACUGUGGAGCCUGCUGGGAAGGCCCCAGCUAAGAUCCUAUCGUUCGGAGGUACAGUGACCACUCCCUGGAUGAAGGAGGUGAGGCUACCCUGCAGCUCCGUGGGCGAACCCACCCCCACCAUCAAAUGGACCAAAGACAGUGAGGACACGGCCAUCCCGGUGACUCUGGACGGUCAGAGGCUCAUCAUGGCCAAUGGCACACUGGUCUUGCGCUCGGUGAAAGCUGAGGAUUCUGGGUACUACACGUGCACGGCCACCAACACGCUGGGCUUUGACACCAUCAUUGUCAACCUGCUGGUGCAAGUUCCUCCAGACCAGCCCCGUCUGACUGUCUCCACCACCUCCUCCACCUCUAUCACCCUGGCCUGGAUCCCCGGGGACAACGGAGGAUCCGCCAUCAGAGGUAUUUACCAGUCUUGCUCUGAGGGAGCAUGUGGGUGGAGGGAUGUGUUCAUCAGUUCCAGUGAGAGGUCUUUCAAGCUGGACAACCUACGCUGUGGCACCUUGUACAAGGUCAAACUGGCCGCCAAGAGGCGGAGCGCGGGACGCAUCAGUGAAAUCAUCGAGGCUAAGACCCACGGACGAGAGCCCCAGUUCAAUAAGGAACAGCCGGUGUUCACCCACGUCAACUCUACCCACGCCCGGCUCAACCUGCAGGGCUGGGCGAGCGGUGGCUGCCCCAUCACAGCCGUGCUGCUGGAGUUCAGACCUAAGGGCAACUGGGCGUGGCAGAGCGUGCGGACCAACGCCACGGCCGACGUGUUCCUGGCUGAGCUCCGCGAGGCCACCUGGUACGAGCUGAAGAUGAAGGCUUGUAACAGCGCCGGCUGCGGGAACCAGAGCUCUCAGUUCGCCACGCUGGACUACGACGGCAGUACCAUCCCUCCCAUCAAGUCAGCGCGGCCGGAGGGCGACGACGUCAAGAAGCUCUUCUCCAUCGGCUGCCCCGUCAUCCUAGUCACUCUGGUCGUCGCCCUGCUCUUCAUCAUCCGCAAGAAACGCAAAGAGAAGAGACUGAAGCGACUGAGAGAUGCCAAAAGCCUGGCUGAGAUGCUGAUCAGUAAGAAUAACCGGAGCUUUGACACCCCUGUGAAGGGGCCCCCCCAGGGCCCCCGACUCCACAUCGAUAUCCCCAGAGUCCAGCUGCUCAUCGAGGACAAGGAGGGCAUCAAACAGAUCGGUGAAGACAAAGCCACCAUCCCAGUGACGGACACAGAGUUCAGCCAGAACGUGAAUCCACAGAGCUUCUGUACGGGCGUGUCUGUGCAUCACCCCGCCCUCAUCCAGAACACCGGCCCUCUGAUUGACAUGUCCGACAUCAGACCAGGGACCAACCCGGUGUCGAGGAAGAGCGUGAAGUCGGCCCACAGUACGAGGAACCGCUACUCCAGCCAGUGGACCCUGACCAAGUGCCAGUCGUCCACGCCCGCCCGUACUCUCACCUCCGACUGGCGCACCGUGGGCUCCCAGCAUGGCAUCACCGUCACCGAGAGCGACAGCUACAGCGCCAGCCUCUCACAGGACACGGAUAAGGGGCGUAACAGCAUGGUGUCCACAGAGAGUGCGUCCUCCACCUAUGAGGAGCUGGCGCGGGCCUACGAGCACGCCAAGCUUGAGGAGCACCUGCAGCACGCCAAGUUUGAGAUCACCGAGUGCUUCAUCUCCGACAGUUCCUCAGACCAGAUGACCACGGGCACCAACGACAACGCCGACAGCAUGACCUCCAUGAGCACGCCGUCCGAGACGGGCCUGUGUCGCUUCACCGCCUCGCCGCCCAAACCGCAGGACUACGACCGCGGCAGACCUACCAACGUGGCCGUGCCCAUCCCCCACCGCGCCAACAAGAGCGAGUGGACUGGCAAAAGUGACUACUGUAACCUUCCCCUCUACAUGAAGACAGACCCUUUCUUCCGGAAGCAGUCGGAGCUGCGUGACCCGUGCCCGGUGGUGCCGCCCCGCGAGGCCUCCAUCUGCAGCCUGGCCCAGCGGGCGUACCACACCCAGGGCCGCCACAUGACUCUGGACUCCUCCAAGCAGCAGCAGGCUCUGACUGUGGGCCACGCUGGCCUGACCGGCCUCAGCGGCUCAGGGGGAGCAUCAGGGGGUGGUAGUGGUAGUGGUGUAGGAGGGGCGACUGGAGGGCCGUCUGGUGGUUCCAGCACCACCUCUCUGUCUCAGAGGACUCUCACCAUGCCCGGUUCCUCCUCUUCCUCUGCUCAGAGCGCUGCUGCUGCCGCUACCGCCUCGGCCAGCGGGGGAGCCACGGGGGGAGACUCCAGAGACUCUCUGCUGGAGAGCAGCUCGUCAGGCCUGGGCAGACUAGAGAGACAGAAGCAGGCGGCUGGCGGAGCCUACUCCAAAUCUUAUACAUUGGUGUAGCUGGAGCAACUGGUGUAGAUGUUGGAGCCUUGGGAAGGGUUAGGAGCCACACAGACACACGUACACACAGCUGGCGCCUGCACUGUCAGGCCAAAGGGGCCGCCAGGCAGGGGCCAGAUUGGGGUUUUUAUAGCACAGGAGUUCGUCUUCUUUCUGCCAGUUUGUGUUUUCUCUGUCUGUCCUUUUCUCUCUCUCUGUCUCUCUCUGUCUCGUUCUCUUCCUC